AUGGUGUGGUUAACCAUGUCACGCGCCGUGAAGCCGAGGCUGCAAAACGCCAUCGUUGCUGUGACUGCACUCUGCUGCUUUACCUCCUGCUUGGAGACGCUGGCCUUCUUUGACGACUGCGAGGCGACCGCAGCUGCUGCCGAAGACUUCGACACAGGCCUGGGCUUCACUCUGCAAGCUGCGGACUGCAGCACUUACCGCCAGCUGCUUUCGGCUGUCUCUUUGCUCUGCUUGCUGGCGUUCCUUGUGGAGUUUCUUGCCCGCUGCUGGUGCCAUCCACGGCCUUGGAAGAUGUUUUUGCACCCAACUGGCGUCGCGGAUGUUCUGGUCAUCUCAGGCUCUCUCCCCAUUACCUUGGCUUGCUUGGGAGGCUUUGCUGUGAGCCACUGGCAGCGGAACUUUGCCAUCACCUUGCGACUUUGGCGGCUUGCUGCCUUGGAGCGCUUUGUCCCAGCUUUUGGCGACUUCCUGGAGGUACUUGCUGGCCGGGGCUACCAGCUUCUGCAAGUCUGCUAUGUACUCACGAGCUUUUGGUUUAUCCUGGCUGCGUACAAUUGGUACUUCCUCCACAGCGAGUUUCAAGUCACGAGUGAAGACAAGAGCUUUGCUUGCUGGUACUCGAACUUCUGGUUUGCGAUGCAGUUCACGCUGAUCCACAUGAGCGGCGACUACCCCAUGACGGAGUAUCCCGUGAAGGUUCGGCUCGUCCACGCGUGCUCAUUGUUCUCCGCCUGGGCCUUCGUCACAAUGCCUGCAGCCAUGCUGACAUCGGCUUUCCAUGACGCCUUGGAGAAGAGGCGGCUCCUGGCAUCUCAGAAGCGAAACCAGGCCCUCUGCAAGAUCGUCCGUCUGCUCCGCCGCAUCAUACUCCGGCGGCGCUUCAGGGGCGUCGCGGAUCGGGCCCUGGCCCAGCACUCGAAGCAGCUCACAUCCGUUGGCCUAGCACGGCAGAAGUAUCCUCGUCUGGCGUGGCUGUUGAUGUUUCUUCAUUCCGAUGGGACGUACCUCUUUGUCUUGGGAACAGCUACUCUCUUCCACAUCGGUGUGGCCAGUCUGCGCACCAUCCCCGAGCUUGAGCCGCAGGCUAUCGCGUGGGACGUGGCAAUGUUUCCUCUCAUCCUCUUCUUUGUGCUGAACUUCGCGGGUCGGGGAUCCACGGCCUUCAUGAACCCCACCUACCGCUGCUCAACGCUCUUCUUCGUGACCAGCUAUCAGCGCCUUCUGCAGCUUCUGGCUUUCGGCCUGUACUUCCAUCACCUGGCUGCCCCCAAUGACGAACGAAGGCUGAAGCGGGCCUGUGCCGCUCAAAUCAGCUUCAUUGUGAAUUUUGGGCAGAUUCUGGGUACCAGCUCGUUGCUGAAUUUGGUCUGGGCUGAGAUUCGGGAGUCGCUGAUCGUGAUGAGCUUCGUCUCUGGAACUUUCUGGGUGCUGAGCGCAACGCUCUGGUAUCUUGCCGAAGGCCCAGAUCAGGGUAUGACGGACAUGUUCUCCACGCUGUACUACACGUGCAUCUUCCUGCUUGGCGAGUGGUGCUCCUUCGACUUUUCGCCGGUAGGAGCAGGUCUCAGCAUGCUCUACUCCAUCGUGGGUGUCGGCUUGAACGCCAUGCCCAUGGCUGCCGUUCAGGAUGCCCUCACAAACAUGACGGACUCAGGUGCCUACCAUCUGAUGGUUGAGCGGCGGAGGCUCAUCCACUCCACCAGCAACCUGCGAAGCUCUGAGGAAGCAGAUGCGAGGCUCGCCAACUACAGGCCGCGGAGAACGGAGGUUGAGAUGCAGGUGAUCGACAGUCUUGACCAACCCAUCUUCUGA